GCCAAUCAGAAGUGGGGAAUGCAAUUCACGUCGUCAAUCGCAGGACGGUAUCGACCGCCUGCGAUCGUCCGAGCCGCUUCAUUGCGUGUUGACCAAAUGACCAGCGCAGUGCUCACGACGUUGACGUUGGUGUGUCCCUGGCUCUGCGCUUCGUCAGCUUCGUUGUCCAUGGCAGGUGAUGCUGACAACAUGGCGUCACGUCUGCUAAAGGACAAAAGCAAGGCCCCUAAGAAGAAAAAGCCGACCAAGAAGCCGACCAAGAAGCAACAUUCCACGAAACCGCAUACCAAGAAACCUGCGACCACAACCAAAUCGUCAAGGUCGUCGAAGGCUAACGCGAACAAAAGUGCCGGGGGUCUCCAUUCCUCGCCAAGCUCGACCCCAGCGUUGACAACUAUCGAACCAUCGAAGGUCCCCCUGGUUGCAAAUGCGAAAGCAGUUAGCUCAAAUAACGCGGGAGCGGCGCCUCAGCUCAGUAGCGGCAAGGCGGACGACGGUAUGAGCACUGGCACCUUGGCCGGCAUCAUCGCGGCCGCAGUCGGCGGCAUUGCCUUGGUAGCGCUGGUAGCUCUGUUUGUCGUGCGCAGAUCUCGAAAAGAAAAGCAACGCCGCAUCAAAUCCGUCCUCGAGAACGACUUCGAAGAGUUCGAAGAUGCCGCCUCCCAACGACCUGCCUACCGCUCGACAUUGUCCUCCAACGCCAAGUCGUACCCGAGCAUUCACGACAUGGAAGCUGCCCAACCACCAGAAGAUGGUAGAUGGGCGUCGGAGCUUGUUACAGAAGAGCUCCAGCGCAACCGCCGCCAUUCGGACGUGUCCAAGUCUAUGGUAAGCGUCAACGACACCAUCUUGCUUCGGGGCGCCACCACAGAUGCGAAUGCAUUAUCGAGUCUCGUCGACAUGGAAUCGGACGAAUCGGAUUCGGACGAAUCGGAUGACGACGAAGUGGAUUCGCCGCCGCCGCGGGGGUUGGCUGCGCCGAAGAAGACAGUCAAGGCCGCGUCCACCGAGUUUGAAUUCGCCGAAUUGACCGACGACGUUGAAGCAGGCGCGGCGAAAUCGGCGUCGAAGGAGACCUGUCUAUAACUGACAGCGAAUAUCUCAGCUAUUAUUACAUCUUUGACAUUCAGCUUUGACAUUCAGGGACAUUCUGAAUGCCCCUCCUACAUACAAUACCUGCUGCUG